AUGGACUCGCAGCAGAAGAAAAAUAUCGUCAUUGUUGGCGGUGGUAUCAUCGGAUGCACAACGGCCUACUAUCUCACCCGUCAUCCCAAGUUCAACCCGGCCCUGCAUACCAUCACGCUUCUCGAAGCCACAGCCAUUGCCUCCGGCGCAUCGGGCAAGGCCGGCGGUCUGCUGGCGCUAUGGGCUUACCCGACCUGCCUCGUGCCUCUAUCCUACCGCUUACAUCGAGAACUCGCCGCCGAGCACAAUGGCGCCGAACGAUGGGGCUACCGGCGCGUGGGAUGCGGGAGUCUGUCCGCGACCGUCAAAUCUGCUGACCUGAAGAAGAGAGCCUUGAAACCGCCAUUACCACCGACAGACACUAGCGGCAACGGUCACAACGGCAACAGUGACAACAACAACGGCGAGCUACCCAUUCAAAGCACCAUCGCUCUCGAAGAUGACAAAACCCAAGACAAAGCCUGGGAAAAACUCCCCAAACAAGACACCACAGCCGCCAACCUCCUCCACGACUCCCCCCUCCCCCGUGACCUCGACUGGCUCGACAGCAACCUAAUCUCCCACUACGAAGAAAUGGGCACCCCCGGCGCAACCACCGAAACCGCCCAAGUCCACCCCUUCCACUUCACCAACGCCAUCGCCGACCUCGCCCGCGCCAGCGGCGUUACCAUCCGUCUCCGCGCACGUGUAACCCGCAUUUUCAAUACCGCCAAUUCCACCGGCGACGGCGUGCACAGCGUCGCCUACGAAGACCGCGACACGGGCGCCAUCGAGAACAUCGACGGCGUGACUGACGUAAUUGUCGCAGCGGGACCGUGGACGGGGAAGUUGGUGCCGCGGACGAGGGUGGAGGGGUUGAGGGCGCAUAGUGUGGUGUUUGAGGCGGAGGUGAGUCCGUAUGCGGUGUUUACGGAUGUUCAGUUGCCGGCGGAGUAUGUGCCGGAGCAUAGGGCGCGGGAGGGGCAGAAGAGACGGCAUAGGGGGAAUGUGGAUCCGGAGAUUUAUGCGAGGCCUUUUGGGGAGGUGUAUGCUUGUGGGGAACCCGACAAAACAACCCCCCUCCCCGCAACCGCAGACCAAGUCGAAGUCGACACAGCCCAAUGCGACGACCUCAUCUCCUACAUCAGCACCAUCUCGCCCACCCUCGGCGCGGCACCCAUCAAAGCCCGCCAGGCCUGCUACUUGCCGCAACAUAUCCGUUUCGGCGAGCAGCGCGGCCCGCUGAUCGGGCCUACGUCCGUUCCUGGAUUGUGGGUCGCGGCGGGGCAUACGUGCUGGGGGAUUCAGAAUGGACCGGCGACCGGGUAUUUGAUGGCUGGGAUGGUGUUUGGGGAGGAGGUGGAUGAGGGGGUGGGGAAGUUGGAUCCGAGGAAGUUUAAGGUUUGA